CGCCGCCGCAGCCUCUGCCGCCGGAGUGGUCGGGCUCGGCGGCGGGGCACUCCUGCCGAGCCCCGCGUUGGUGGCCUCCGUAACUGCGCCCGUCCCGGACCCGCUAAGGCGCUUUGUGUUAUUCUUGGAAAAUUUCGCACCACUUGUGAAUUCCUUGAACCUGGGCAUUGCAAACCCACUUCUGUUGGGCCCAUCUCCUUUGCAGUUUGCUCAGAUUAAGACACAGUUGGCUCUACAACAGCUGAAUGCAGUUGCUUCACAUGGUUCAGCAUCACCUUAUUCUUUAUUAAAUCAGUCAUUCUUGAAAAUAGCCAUGUCGAGACCCAGGUUUAAUCCUCGAGGACACUUUCCAGGUCAAAGGCCGCAAGCACCUAACCCUUCGGGGAUGAAGCCUCAUGGAGGAUACAUGAGAACUGAAACAAUGGGUAUCCCAAGAUUACAUCCAUCAGGAAGACCCCAUGGAAUUGCGCAAAGAUUUGGGGGCCAUGAGUCUUACCAGAGCAUGGGCCCCCAUAGGACAAAUGUUCAGAUGAUGCAACACCGGACCGACCCAAGAUUGGCCAAAGAAAAAAUGGAUUUUCACGAAGCCCAACAAAAGAAGGGAAAACCUCAUGUUGGUCAGUGGGAUGAUAGUCCUCGUCCAUCUGGAACAGCAGGUCUGAAACGUGGUUCUGCAACACACAUGACAGACCAGAGUCCUAAAGUACAUAGUCGAUACACAAAGGAAAGUGCAUCAAGUAUUUUAGCAAGCUUUGGAUUAUCCAACGAAGACCUAGAGGAGCUCAGUCGAUAUCCAGAUGAACAGCUCACCCCAGAAAACAUGCCAUUGAUACUGAGGGAUAUAAGAAUGCGUAAAAUGGGACGCUGGUUACCUAAUUUACCUUCACAGAGAAGUGGUAAAGAAACCCUUGGUGGCGAGACAGUUUCAAGUAAUGUGAUUGAUUAUGGACAUGCCAGUAAAUAUGGUUACACAGAAGAUCCAUUGGAAGUACGAAUUUAUGAUCCUGAAGAACCUACGGAAGAAAAUAAGAAUGAAUUUCAGUCCCAGCAGAAUAUUUCUGUGUCUGCUCCAAAUGUGAUAUGUAAUUCAAUGUUUCCAGUUGAAGAUUUGAUCAGACAGAUGGGUUUCCAAAGUGAAUCCUCCAGUAAUCAGUCAUUUUUCCCAGUUGAUAGUGCAAACAAGAUGUCAAAUUUAAACAUGACAGGACAGUCAGUCCUUGAACCAGUGAACUCUGUGAGCCAAUCUAUCAGUCAAGCAAUGAGCCAGUCACUUAUUUCUUCAAUGAGCCAAUCUCUGAUACCACCUCCUAUGAGCCAGCAGUCCUUCUCAACUGAGUUAAUUACACCUGUAAGCCAACAGGAGAGGAUUUCUCAUGAACCUGUGAUUAAUUCAUCUAACAUGCAUAUUGGGUCUGGAGGUGGGAAAAAAAAUUACUCAUCAGAACCUGAUGCUCCUAUUCAGUCUCCAUUUGGAAUUGUAAAAGCAUCUUGGCUGCCCAAGUUUUCACAGGCGGGUGCCCAGAAGAUGAAGAGACUUCCAACUCCUUCUAUGAUGAAUGAUUAUUAUGCUGCAUCUCCAAGAAUAUUUCCACAUAUGUGUUCUCUAUGUAACGUAGAGUGUAGUCAUUUGAAGAAUUGGAUUCAGCAUCAGAAUACACCCGCCCACAUUGAGAGCUGCCGGCAGUUACGUCAACAGUAUCCUGAUUGGAAUCCUGAGAUCCUGUCUUCCAGGAGAGAUGAGGGCAAUCGAAAGGAAAAUCAGACUCCAAGGAGACGUACUCACUCAUCUAGUGCCAGUCCGCGUCGGUCUAGAGGGCCAAGCUUUGGUCACAAGUUGCGGCGAUCUCGGUCUCGAAGCCCUGGACGUUAUAUGCAAAAUAGGCCAAGAAGUCGAAGUCCAAGAUGUUCACAUCGGUUCAGUCCUAGACACCGGUCUCGGUCCCCACAUCGAUCUAGAAAUCCCCUCAGGGGCAGUCCUAAGCCCCCAAGAUCUGCUAGCUCUGAGUGGACAUCAAGGAGACGGCCAAGGUCACCAGAUAAAAGAAGCUCAUUGGAAGCUGUGGUACAGAGCUUAGGACACAGUUUUUCUGCAGAGUUCAGUAAGCAGAAACACUUUGAAGCAAGUGGGAAGGGGAGAUCCUCGACCCAAAAGACUCUUAGCAGCGGUUCAAAACCUCCCUGUAAGACUGUAGGCUCAGCAAAGAGCGAGCCCUCUUCGACCAGUCAUUCUGCUCGUCAUAAAGCCAAGAAUCCUGACGAUGCCUGCUCAUCACAGAUGCUGGAGGAAAGUGUUCCUCAAAGAAAGCCGUGGGAAGAUGAAUCCUUGCGUUGUGACACAAUUAUUCAUGUGUCAGAGUUACCAGCUGAUGGCUACACUGAGCAAGAUGUUAUAAAGAUAGUUCAACCAUUUGGAAAAGUUAGUGAUCUCUUGAUUGUCCCAUCUAGAAAUGAGGCCUACUUGGAAAUGAAGUUUAAAGAGGCUGUGGCAGCUGCCGUGAAGUAUUGUGAAACAACACCAGUCCAGGUGAAAGGGAAGCGGGUGAAGAUCAGUGCCGCAGGGAAGAAGAAGUUGCCGAGUACCAUUCAGCACAGUGCCGCCUCCGCUGAUGGCAGGUGGCACCUGAACACAGGGACCGAAUCAGGAGAACAGGAACCCGAAGCAGAUGGGGUUGGAGAACAGAGGCUCUGCAAGAGUGAGUCUCCCGGGGAGAGGCCUUGGACAUACACAGGAGUUCCGGUUGGACAGUCGACUAAGAACAAAGAUGGGAAAAAAGUGGCUUCGGAAACAAAGAAACCAUCGACUUCAAAAAAAGAGGCGGAUGCUUCAAAAGCCGAAUCUGUAACGUCAGCUUCCACUGGAAAGUCAUCAGUUAAUAAAAAGUCUGUGAUUUCCGCAAGUGCUAAAAGUAAUAAAACUUCUAACAAAUCAGCAAAACCUAGUGGAAAGAAGACAAUAGAAAGCAAAAAACCUGUAGAUCCCCAAAUUAAAGACUCUAACAAGACUGUGACGGUACCAGAGAAACUUGCACCGUUACUUGCUGAAUCAGAUCAACCUAUCAAGACUUUAGUUGACAAAGAAAACACUGAAACCAGAAGCAUUUCUGAAACCAAGGCCACUGAGGGUGCUGCUAAAGAAAAUCUUUCAGCUGUUUCAGGGACCACUGAAAAUGAGGAUUCAAUUAGCAAGGAGACUGAAGAAAUGUGCAUUGUCCUUAUUUCAAAUUUGCCAAAUAAAGGAUAUUCCACAGAAGAAGUUUCCAAUCUGGCAAAGCCAUUUGGUGGUUUCAAGGAUAUUUUGAUUUUAUCAUCUCAUAAAAAGGCAUACAUGGAAAUAAAUAGAAAGUCUGCAGACUCCAUGGUAAAAUUUUAUACCUGCUUCCCAAUGUCGAUGGACGGAAAUCAGCUCUCGAUAAACAUGGCUCCUGAAAAUAUUAAUCUAAAGGAUGAGGAAGCUAUAUUCACAUCUUUGAUUAAAGAAUCUUCCCCUCAGGCAAGCCUAGAUAAAAUUCACACUCAGUUUGUGCAUCUUGGCAACUUACCGGAUGAAGGAUACACAGAACAUGAGGUAGUUUGUGUUGGACUUCAGUUUGGAAAAGUGGAUCGAUACGUGUUCAUAAAUAAUAGAAACAAGGUAAUUCUUCAGUUAGAUAGUCCUGAAUCUGCUCAGAAAAUGCACAGCUUCUUAAAACAAAGUCCUUUUAACCUGGGUGAAAAUGUAUUAACUUGUACAUUAUCGCUGAAGACAGAGCCGUCGGAGGUUCAAACUGAGAGAGACCCAGAAUCAGGAAAAGAGAGCCCUGACUUGAAAAACAAUCCAGUUGAUGAAAGUGAGGUGCAUACAGCAGCUGAUAGUUCCUCAGUUAAGCCUAGUGAAAUCAUGGAAGAGACCGUCCCAAAUCUCAUCCUCCAAACAGAGCCUUCCACAUUGCAGGAAGACACUUUGAAGGGAGAACCUGAACGAGGAGCAGUAUGUGACUCUGACUCAGCUCCUGGAAAGGUGGAGGUGGGAGGACAGAUGGAGGAGGCAGAGUCAAGGAAUGCUGAUGGCGCCUCUGCCCUGGCCAAGCCUGAAUUAACACAGGAUGGUACAGAGAAUUCCAUAUCUACUCCUCAGGACAAUAUGGCUGAUGCAGAGAAGGAAGAGACAGUCAAAGCUAAAGCUGAACUAGAACUGGAUCCAUCCAGUGUUCUGUGUGCUGAAGAAAAGGACAGUAAACAAAAGGUGGAAGAAUCUCUUCCUGAGACUGAAGAUGCCCACAGUGUGGAGAAGUCUGGGAAUGCCCUUUUAGGGUCUGUUGGAGAAGCAGCAGCAGACAUGGACGUACAUGAAGCCGGUUCAGAAGUGGUGCCUCCUCUUUCUCCGGUGGUCACAAUACAAGGGACUUCUGCUGAGAAUGAGAAGUUAGCAGUAAGCAAAGAGGAAAUUUAUGAUAAAAACACCCUGGAGGAAAAGGAGGACAAGGUGCUUGAGUUCAAAGACGCUAGAAUUGAGCUGAAAACUGCGCUGGAAAUAGGGCCUGAGAAAGAAGGUGACAAGAAUAUGGCCGAGGAUGCCUCGGGUGUGGAGAAGUCUGAAAAGAUUGUCACAGUGACAAGAGAGAAAACGGCAGAGACCAAGGAACAUGCAAAUAAAGGAGUGGGCCAAGCUAGUAAGCCUGAUGAAACAAGUAAAACCAGUGUUCAGGUGGUGUCGAAUGCCUCCUCCAGCAAACUGAGCUCUAAGCCUGGGGCUUCCACCCCAAGCACGCCCAAGACAAAAGUGACCGGUCAGAAAAGCGAAGUCAAAAUGGAAGAUCAGAGGACGUGCUCAAAGCUUUUCCCCAGAAGCCAAGCAAGUGGGGACAAGAAGCUCACGGCCAAAGACAUGGGCUCCUUUAGACCUGCCUUUGCCAGGUCCACCCUGGGUGAAAGCAGCAAAUGUAAAGCUUCCCCCAGCGGCAUAGCCAGAGGCAGUGGGCGGACCUCAGUGCCCCAAGACAAGGAUUACAGGGCUCUAGCAAAACAGUCUCAAGAGACAGAGACUAGACCUUCCACCAUGAAACGGGAUGACAGCGGCAAUAAGACUUCUGCUGGGCAGAACACUAAGAACCCUAAAGGCAGCUCUGGUAAAACUGCCAAACCUAGAGAGGAGGAAGAGCUUUUUCCAUUUAAUUUGGAUGAGUUUGUUACCGUGGAUGAAGUCAUAGAAGAGAUAGAUCCUUCUCAAGCCAAGCAGAAUGCACCAAAGGGGAAAAAGAAAGAACUUAGCAAGAAUCCUCCUUCCUCUGAGAUUAGCUUAAAAAGAAGGAAGGGGAAAAGCUCAGUAUCUUGUGUUGCUGAGAGUGAGUUGUCUUUCGUUACGUUGGAUGAGAUUGGUGAAGAAGAAGAUGCAGCUGCUCACCUGACCAUAGAGUCUAACUUAGAAACUAAAGCUCUCGUCACCGUAGAUGAAGUAAAUGAUGAAGAGGAGCUUAAUGUGGAAGAAAUGGUUAAAAAUGCAAAUUCCCUUCUUACUUUAGAUGAGAUAAUUGAGCAAGAUGAUUGCACUUCUCACGGGGAACCUAAAGAUGUCACCAUUUUGUCAGUGGAUGAAGAGCGAGAUCUUUUGAAGAGGGAACCCCUAGUAACUGUGGAUGAAAUUGGAGAAGUAGAAGAGCUACCUUUAAAUGAGUCAGCAGAUAUAAAUUUUCCCCCUAUAAAUCCCAAGGAAGAAGAGAAUGCCGUAAGGGAGGCCAUUGGCUUCAUCUCUUCUCAGGUGCCUGAAGACCCCACCACUUUAGUUACGGUAGAUGAAAUCCAAGAUGACAGCAGUGAUGUCCAUUUAGUCACUUUAGAUGAAGUGACAGAAGAAGAUGAAGAGUCUUUGGCAGACUUUAACAACCUUAAAGAGGAGCUUAAUUUUGUUACUGUUGAUGAGGUUGGAGAAGAGGAAGAGGGAGAGAAUGACUUAAAAGUUGAGACAGCUAGAAAAGAGGUUUGCCCUGUGGCUAAAACAGGGGGCAUUAAGAAGAAAACUAUAGUCAGCAAGCAGGAGAAGCCUAAAGCUUUGUACCAAAUGGGCCAGAUUAAUGAGGAGGUUAUAGAAAAAGAUCCCAAAACUAUGACCGAACGACAUUUAGCAGAGCAAAGCAUGUCCCAAGGUUCUUCACCUCAAGAAAAGGGGAUGAAGCCAGAGACCAAGCAAGAACACUCAGUGAAAUCUUCAGCUAAGAGAAGUAGAACCAAGAAAAUGCCAUCGUCAGAGAAUUUUGAUACAUCAGAAGCGCCCAAACUAGAAGAGGCUGCGAUGAACAUAGUUGAAGAAUCUGGAUCAGAAGAUGCCGAACCAGAGAAAAAGAGAAAGAAAGAUGAAGAGUCUUCCUUAGACUUAGAUUUUCUUAUACCGAAGGCUGGCUUCUUCUGUCCUAUUUGUUCCCUCUUCUACUCGGAUCAGAAAACGAUGGCCAACCAUUGCAAGAGUGCGCGUCACAAGCAGAAUACAGAGAAAUUCAUGGCCCGGCAAAAAGAAAAAGAGCGGAAAGAGGCUGAAGAGAAAAACUCGAGGUGAUCAGGAGAAGAGUUGAUUAAGAAUUCAUUUAGGGUCCAGUUGAUUUUAUGUAUUUUGUUUAUCACUUAAUUUGUAACUUUGUUUCAGAAGCAGAUAUUCAUGUUGUACAAAUUUCUGAUUGCACUUGAUGUAGAAAGGACUGUUGGGGGCGGGGGGGUGGGCGGGGAGUAUGAUGGGUUUGAUUUUUAUAUCAAAUCAUCUGGCCUGGAGAAACAUCUUUUACAUACAAGUGUUGAAAUAAAUGUUGCUACUGUAUAUUUAACAGCA